UGAUCACCUUUGUUUUAGUUUGUCAUGAGCUACAUGACCUGUGAAUGAAUCUAUGACGAAGAACUAAUCUUUUCGCUUAUAUGCCUAUUCCUUCUUGAUCUUCGAUUCCUUACUCCUUAGCCGUAUCAAACAUGGCUACCGUCUCUGCCAGGUCUUCACCUCCAUGGACUAGCCCUAACCCUAAUUCUGAUCUUAACCCUGAAUUUACCGCUGACCAAUCACAAACCCUCGAUUUGGAUUCCAUAAUACAACGCCAAUCAAUCCUACCUCACCAAGUCUCCUCUCAGCGAAGUCCCCCUAGUAGUCCACCACAGCAUGCGCCGACGACCCCUACUCUGCUUCAACUCUCUUUCAACCAAGACCAAGCUUGCUUCGCCGCCGCCACAGACAACGGGUUCCGUAUCUACAAUUGCGAUCCAUUCCGGGAGCUCUUCCGCAGAGAGUUUGACGGGGGCAAUGGCAGUACUGGGGGGAUUGGUCAUGUGGAAAUGCUCUUCCGCUAUAAUAUGUUGGCACUGGUUGGAGGUGGCACCCACCCUCAAUACCCUCCGAGCAAGGUGAUGAUCUGGGAUGAUCAUCAAGGCAGGUGCAUUGGUGAGCUUUCGUUCCGAUCAGCUGUUCGUGGUGUCCGGCUUCGACGAGACCGAAUAAUUGUAGUUGUGGAGCAGAAGAUUUUCGUGUACAAUUUCGCCGACUUUAAGUUACUUCAUCAAAUUGAGACCGUUGCAAACCCAAAGGGGCUCUGUGCAGUUUCCCAAUUGGCUGAUUCUAUGGUGUUGGCGUGUCCUGGUUUGCACAAGGGUCAGAUUCGAGUCGAGCAUUAUGCACAGAAGAAAACCAGAUUCAUUUCUGCUCAUGAUUCAAGAAUAGCUUGUUUCGCUCUUACACUAGAUGGGCAGUUACUCGCCACCGCCAGCACCAAGGGUACUUUAAUUCGAAUUUUUGAUACAGCCAAUGGCACGCUUCUUCAAGAAGUAAGAAGGGGUGCAAAUGUGGCCGAGGUCUAUAGUCUGGCAUUCUCUUCUACCGCUCAGUGGCUAGCAGUCUCGAGUGAUAAGGGUACUGUCCAUGUUUUCAGCCUUAAGGCUAACUCCAGUUCUCCUCAGCAUGAAAAAUCAAAGAUGCCAACUGAUUCUCAUGCUGCCAGUAUACCAUCUAGCUCACCCCUUGCAUUAGUCAAAUUUAAAGGAGUGUUACCUAAGUAUUUCAAUUCAGAGUGGUCACUUGCUCAGUUUCGCUUACGUGAGGGCACUCGCUACACUGUCGCAUUUGGUCAGCAAAAGAAUACAGUCAUAAUUCUUGGCAUGGAUGGGAGCUUCUACCGGUGUCAGUUUGACCCAGUGCAUGGUGGUGAGAUGAAUAAACUGGAAUAUCAGAACUUCUUAAAGCCAGAGACAGCCUCGUGAUAAAAAACAUGGAGCUUUGAGUGAAGGCUACCUAUGAGUUAGGGUUGAAUCCUCGAAUCUUGUAACUUCCUUUGUAAAUACCGUGACUUUAUAAAACCAGAGAUAGCCUGGAGGAUAUUAAUUUUUCACAUUUCGGCCUUUGAAGUUAGGUAGGGUUAGUUCUGCUACAAAUGUAAAUAGCUACAAUAUAAUGCUUGAAGUAGCAUUUAGGGUUGGCUUAUGAAUUAGGGCUGGUCUCUUUCCGUUGUAAUUACAGCUUAAUUAAUAAUUCGUUAUUUUACUGAGUAAAUAUUCAA